UUUGCCUCAGUCCAGCGCUUGCAUCGCCACCGCGGGAGGUGGACGGAGCCCUCCAGAACAGCCUGCAUCUUCAGCAUCGUCGCGUUCAUAGGACGGCCCGGGCCUGCACGCCGCGCUCGCCGAGCUGACCGCCGACCCCGACGUGCCCGUGGUGUUUGUGAGGCAGACCAAGAUAGGCGGCCAUGGUCCAACCCUGAAGGCUUACCAGGAGGGCACACUUCAAAAGCUCCUGAAGAUGAAUGGUUCUGAGGACCUUCCCCCGUCCUAUGACUAUGACCUCAUCAUCAUCGGCGGUGGCUCCGGAGGACUGGCAGCUGCUAAGGAGGCAGCCAAAUAUGGGAAGAAAGUGAUGGUUCUGGAUUUUGUCACUCCAACUCCUCUUGGAACUAGAUGGGGUCUCGGAGGAACGUGCGUGAACGUGGGUUGCAUACCCAAAAAACUGAUGCACCAGGCGGCUUUGUUGGGACAGGCGCUGCAAGACUCUCGCAAUUACGGGUGGAAAUUCGAGGAUACUGUUGAACAUGACUGGGAGAAAAUGACAGAAGCGGUCCAGAAUCACAUCGGCUCUCUGAACUGGGGCUACCGAGUAGCUCUGCGGGAGAAGAAGGUGGUCUAUGAAAAUGCCUAUGGGGAAUUCAUUGGUCCUCAUCAGAUUAAGGCAACAAAUAAUAAAGGCAAAGAAAAAAUUUACUCAGCAGAACGAUUUCUCAUUGCCACCGGGGAAAGGCCACGCUACUUGGGCAUCCCUGGGGACAAGGAGUACUGCAUCAGCAGUGAUGACCUUUUCUCCUUACCUUACUGCCCGGGUAAGACCUUGGUGGUUGGAGCAUCCUAUGUUGCUUUGGAAUGCGCUGGAUUUCUUGCUGGUAUUGGUCUAGAUGUCACCGUUAUGGUACGGUCCAUUCUUCUGAGAGGAUUUGACCAGGACAUGGCCAACAAAAUUGGUGCACACAUGGAAGAACAUGGUGUCAAGUUCAUAAGGCAGUUUGUACCAAUUAAGGUUGAACAGGUUGAAGCAGGGACACCAGGCCGACUCAGGGUGGUAGCCAAGUCCACCAAUAGUGAAGAAACCAUUGAGGGAGAAUAUAACACGGUAUUGCUGGCAAUAGGAAGAGAUGCUUGCACGAGAAAGAUUGGCCUAGAAACCGUGGGGGUGAAGAUAAAUGAAAAGACUGGAAAAAUACCAGUCACAGAUGAAGAACAAACCAAUGUGCCUUACAUCUAUGCCAUUGGCGAUGUAUUGGAGGGAAAGCUGGAGCUCACCCCUGUAGCAAUCCAGGCAGGAAGACUGCUGGCACAGAGGCUUUACGCCGGCUCCACUGUCAAGUGUGACUAUGAAAAUGUCCCGACAACUGUGUUUACUCCCUUGGAAUAUGGUGCUUGUGGCCUUUCUGAAGAGAAAGCUGUGGAGAAAUUUGGGGAAGAAAAUGUUGAGGUUUACCAUAGCUUCUUUUGGCCGUUGGAAUGGACGAUUCCCUCAAGAGAUAACAACAGAUGUUACGCAAAAAUAGUCUGUAAUCUCAAAGACAAUGAACGAGUUGUGGGCUUCCACGUACUGGGUCCAAAUGCUGGAGAAGUCACACAGGGUUUCGCAGCUGCACUCAAGUGUGGACUGACCAAAACCCAGCUGGACAGCACCAUUGGAAUCCACCCUGUCUGUGCAGAGGUAUUCACAACGCUGUCGGUGACCAAGCGCUCCGGGGGCGACAUCCUGCAGGCUGGCUGCUGAGGUUAAGCCCCAGUGUGGAUGCUGUCGCCAAGACUCCAAACCACUAACUUGGUUCCUUGCCCAAAUCCAAGACGAAGUUUUUGGGAUGGUUCUCUUGGCACCUGUUCAGGUGCUAUGCUUACCACCACCCAGGAACCCCUUGGAUCUUACGGGUAGAGGGUGGUGAGAGGAAGGAAGGCAGCAUCACACUGGGGUUACCGUAACAGACUCGAAACUGGCCUUUGGCAGUGCAUCAAAGUGUGCAUCCAUGAAGUCACGAGCCUGAAGCCUGCAUGGUGGGCAGUGAUGGAAGAGCUGUCAAAUCAGUUUUAGCGCCAUCUUUCCUUUGUGGAUUUUCUGAUUCUCGUCGUCGGACUUUGUCAUGUUGAUUAUCUUCUUUUUUCCCCCCAUGAUGUCAAUAAUCUAGAAAUGAAAAAUGUUAGCAUUCAGUUUUUCUCCCAAAGCAGUGUGUGGCUAAAGUAUCCAAAUUCUGUGUCUGGCACAGAAGGGGUGUGUUGGCUCACUCGGAGGCCACAGCUUGUCCCGUGAGAGAGCUCUCUUGUGGGCAGAAGGGACUCGCGUGUAUCUGAGCACAGAGGUCCAUGGCUGCCUCUGUGCCCGUGUGCUCCGCCACCAGCUGUGAUCCGGCUCAGUGGGAAGGGAAGUGGCUGCUGGGCCACCUGUUUGAAGUGAUUUUCCAUUGCUUAGAAUUUCCAGGGAGGCUCGGUGGUGCCUGAGGUGGAGGGGAAGCAGUCAAUGUCUCACUUUAUUUAUUACUUGGUGUAUUACAUGUUGGUCUGCGUGAGCUGAGAUACUUGGCAAUGGAAAACACUAAUUUAAAACCUUUUGGAGGUUGGCUUUAGCUGUAAGCUAAAAGCAUAUGCAAAUACCAGGACUUUAUUUUGUGUGUGUCAUGGUGAUCAAUCCCUUCCCUAAGAACCACACCCAUAAGAAACCAGGUCUUCCCACACUUGGGAUUGUAUUAACUUUUUUAAGGAAGCUGUUGCUAUCAUAAGUUAUUGUUGCUAUUUUUGAAUACAGGUGAUGUGAAGGAUUUUCAUGUUAAAACCAAGUGGUUUUGGUUCUCUGUGCUGAACGAACGUCUGUACCUGGUGGAGUUUUAGCAGAAGCCUCCGUGCUGUUCUGCUCCAACUUGUUUUACUGCAGAGUGUUCAUUCCCCAGUUACAGGGCUGUGUGCACCCGUGCUGGCUGAGGGUGACACUGCGGCCAUCGUCUCUGUCCCUGGGAACUGCUUGUUGACCGUGCGCUGUGGAUACCAGGCCUCCAGCCAGCAGCUCUGUCGUCCCCUCUCCCUGCCUCCUGCACUGCUCGGCCACAGCACCAGGUGGUUGUGUUUUGAGCCACUUCAGGAAACCCACACGUCUGCCUGGUGUUUGGUCAGCAAAGAGCCCUGCCUCACGCCCUCAUCCCAUCUGGGUGCCUAAAGAAGCCAAGGGAAUGGGAACUUGAGAGGGGAAUUGAGGCGAUUGGCUGUGUUUGGUCUUACUUUACUUAAAAAAAAAAUUUUGUUCCUCCAAGUCUGCCAGUCUCUGAAAUUAGAAUCCGAGGCAGCAUUAGGUGGCGGGGCCUCAUCGAGUCGGGAUCCUGGCUCAGUGGAUUGGAAAGUUUUGCCCCCGCAAGAAGGAUGAUAUUUCAUAGAUAUGUCUUGUUUAAGUUCUGUUGUCACCCAGUGUCCUGAAACUCAUACUAAAUUCCAUGUAUUUUUGUUAUGAAUAUUCUGGAAAAAAUGAAGACAAUGUGAAAGAGUAAAAGGUUUUAACAGCCA